AUGGCCCUCAGCAACCGUCAGUAUACCAACGACCCAGAAUACGUGAAGGAGGUCGUAAGAAACUACAUAAACGUCAAGCAGAGCCAUGGAAGACAGUCAUGGGAGAUCAGUCAGAAAUUGGAGCUCAUUGAACGGGAUUUCUCACAACACGGCAUGUCGUUCGUACAGGCUAGGCGAGAGAUGGGUCUGCCACCAUCUCGAGUCAUCCGAGUCCUCGGUACAAACAACAGUACUUCCAAUAACUCCCUGUACCGUGCUCAAACCACCUCAGGUGCCAGCACCGUAUCUCAUCGCCCCAGUACUGCCAGCACUAGCAGUCGGCCGGCGGCUCCGAAUCACAAUCGCCGCACGUCUGCCCCCGUGGUGCAAAGACCUCAGGAAAGAGACGCAGAAGCAGGAGAAGAUGCGCCGCCCCCUCCUUACGCGAGCCAAGAUCCCGAUCCGGAGGCUACGCGGCUCUUGCAGGUACGUCUGGCAGCAGAAUCGGUCAACAACCCAGCGGUCACUGCUGCCGUAGCCACCCCUCAUACCCCUCAGAAUUCUACACCUGCAGCUUCUUCCCCAGCUCCUUCGACACCCAUGAGCCCACCCGCACAGCCGAUUGCGUCUACACAAAACGCAGAAUCUUCUCAGGCUCAGGCUUCCCAGUUGCCUAGGCCGCCAUCAGACCCAGAAAUGGCCAGAAUCUGGGAAGAAUCGCAGUUUGAAGAAGCCAAGAGAAUGAGUCUACAAGCUCAGAGUGAGCAAGAGCAGCUGGAUGAAGCUAUGAGAUUGAGCGUGGCGGAAGCCGAAUCAAGAGCCUACAAUGGCUCUUCGGAAGCAGGACCAAGUCACUUGCCUGUGGUGACCGAAUAUGAGCCAUAUCAGCCUCCGGUACAGCAUAACGGUGGGUAUGAGACAGGGCUCAAUUCCGAUCUUGAGGGUCUCAACAUCGGGGGAUCUGAGGGGUCAUAUGCGCCCCCCGCUGGCGCACCAGCAGGAAACAACCGGUUCAGCUCAAUCAUGGAUCACGAUGACAACCCUAGCGGUUUCUCGCAACAGCCUCUCACCCCAUCAAAGACUGGGCCUACCAUGCAGAGCAAAAAUCCUUUCCUGGCUCCGUCUGAACAAGAGACCCAUGAGGCCGGUAGCCCGCAAUCAUCUCCAUAUGGCUAUACACAACAGCAACCGGAGGAGCCUGCGGGGUCUAGCCACACGACUUAUACACCACCUGCGUACGCCCCACCUCCGGGGGCCCCUCCACCCCAUCUCGUCAUUCUCAGCUCUACUCCUUCUCGGCAAGUGUCGAAUCAGAAUAUCUAUCAGUCGCCCAUCCAGAACUCCCCUUCAUCUCGUCCCCUCCCACCAACACCCGACGUCGCGCCCCCGUGCUAUCCUUCCCCUCGAACGGCUGCCGCCGCACCACCCUCCGAACACCCAUCCCUGACUUCAUCCCUCUAUGGCGCUCGGGCCACCGACUUUGAUGCGGCAGGUAGCAGCUUGAGCGGCGGUGUACCUCGACCUGGAGGUAUCUCUACUGGAGCUGGACAGACGCCCGACAGGAGACGUACAUCCUAUGUCCCUCCCAGGAACGGAGAAGAUCCUCUAGAGAUGUUGAGAGAAUUCGACACUGUCUUCCUUGUGGAUGACAGCUCGUCAAUGGCUGGGCCAUUGUGGAGAGAGGCGAGAGCUGCCAUCAUGGAGGUUGCAGAGAUUGCGUCUCGUUACGAUGAGGACGGUAUCGAUAUCCACUUCUUGAACAGCAAGCGAGUCGGUAGAGAGCUCAAAGGGAGGGACGAUGUUGAGGAGUUGUUUGAGGGGCUCAAGCCCCGUGGUGUGACCCCUACUGGUAUGAGGCUUGAAGCCAUCCUGAGGGACUACAUGACUCGACUGGAGCGCGCUUCGACCUUGUCUCCCUCCAUUGGAUCAUCAUCGGAAGAACAUGUGAAACCUCUGAACGUGGUCGUUGUCACGGACGGCGCCCCGACCGAUGAUCCCGAGUCAGUCAUCGUCGCAGUGGCUCGCCGUCUUGAUCGAGGUGAAUACCCCUUGUCACAAGUCGGCAUUCAAUUUCUCCAGAUUGGCGACGAUGUGGGCGCUACCAUGGCUCUUCAGCAGCUUGAUGAUGAGCUCAGUGAGACACAUCAAAUCAGGGAUAUCGUCGAUACUGUGCCAGACUCUGGGCAAGAGAUGACUGCGCAGUUUAUCAUCAAGACGUUGCUGGGUGGUAUCAAUAGGAGGCUGGACAGAAGGGGGUGA